AAUAUUUUUAUAAGUUGUGAAGUUAUUUUCCAUAUCUCUUGCACAUAAUGGUAUUUUCAUGACUGUGAUAUUUUGUCGUUUUAUUUUCUUCUCUCAUGGCGUUGGUGGAGGUCAGCAGGAGGUCCCUGCAGGCUUGCACUGCCCUGAUGGUUAUCACUGCUGGUGACUCCUGCAGCCGGCCUGCUGAUGCCCUGAGCUGGCCCAUUCAGCUCGGUGUCCAGAGGGCUGUGCUGCGGGCCCACCAAGCACCUUCCUCUGUGGAACUGUGGCUGCUUUCCCCCUUCCUCAUCCCCUUCUUCAUCUGCCCCAGCCUGCGAAGGGACCUCCUUGUGCCUGGGCAGGCUUAUGGGUGCUGGGGAGCUGGCUCACGCUGUGAGUGGGCUUCCUUGGCCUGUCCUGUGCCCCAUCACCAGCCUCGCUCUGUGGUCUUUGCCCUGGUGCACUGGGCGGUACCACCUCACCACCUCUUUCAGUGGUCCUUCCAUGUAUUCCAAAACUUCUGGAUUUCAAAUGUUGCUGUGCUCACAGAAACCUGAUGGUUUACACACCAAGCACCACCACCACCACCACCACCACAACCACAACAACAAAAUAACGGGUAGAAACUGCCAACUCC